CCCCAGGACUCGCUCGGCUAGAACACCCACCACAGGGCUGAUGGUCAAGUCCUUACUCCACACAGUUAGGUACCUCCAGCCCAGCCCAGCAACCAGGGCUCCUCCGGUUUCGACGGCAUGGCACGGCACGGACUCGGGGUCAGAUUCCCCUCUCUCUCGCACAGAACAGCACAGGCCAACAGGCCAACAGAUGAUACCCAGUUCCUCUGCUAUGCAUCCAAGCCCCCUCCGCUGUCACUGCCCAGUGUCCACCGUCCACCGUCCGUACUCUACAGCAUGGAUACAUAUCCCUCCAGACUCCAGCGUCCGCAGGCCAUCCACCAUCCCAAGUACCUAGGCCCAUGUAUCAUCGCUAGGCACACAUACUCUACAUACGGCGGAUCGGAUCGCCACCAACUCCGCCCGUGUGGGUGGGUUGGGCGGGUGGACGAGUCGAGAUAAUGCUCCCAUGCGCGUGCUCUUCUCUGUUGUACUCUAGGUACUCUGUUGUACUGUACUCCGUUGUACUUUACUCUGUUGUGUUAUGCUCUGCUGUGCUGUGCCACGGCAGAUUUUUCUCUUUCCUUCUCGUCGUCUGGACGCUGGACUGGGCGGAGACGGGGGCGUCCGCCUUUGUAUGUGACUCUGUGUACUAUAUAGUAUGUAUGCAGGUAUUGUAUGCAGGAUGGCUGUCCGGAUACCGCCGGGAUCCUGAGGAUUUAUGUAUGUAUCAUAGCCAAGUAUUUAUGUGCGUAUUUACAGUAUGUAUGAAUUUGUGGGGGAGGGAGGGGGAAUAGGCUC